AUGCUUCCACUGCGGUCGUCACUCAGACCGCGUAUCCUCUCUCGCCAGCUCACAUGGACGGUGCCAACUAGAAGUAUUUCUCAGCUGGAGAGUGACAAGCAACAACAAGAAGAUCGCAAGGCAAACCCGAUUCAACCCCAGGCUGGUCCUUCCAGCUCUCAUCCCCAACCCUCCGAGCUGGCGGCCAGACUACGAAAUUGGUCUGAAAACACCGCCAUUGCUGUACGGACCCGCGCAGACGAGUUCUCAUCGUCGACCAGGACAACGCUGUCCCAGCUAGGUCUGCAUCUGAAUCGGAUUACCGGGUAUGAGGAGAUAGAGGCACUGAAGCGACGGGUGGUUGAACAGGAAUCCCACAUCAACGACGCGCGUAAUGCCGCCCGUGCUGCCAAAGCCGCAUACGACCUUGCCGUGUUGCAACGUUCGAACUCCCAGCGCGAGAUAAACGACCUCUUGCAGCGAAAGUCUACAUGGAAUCACGCUGAUAUUGCCCGGUUCACCACACUUGUCCCCCAAGACCACGUCUUGGAGCAGCAGGAAACUACUGCUCGGGCAGCGGUUCACGACUCGGAAGAAGCGGUUGAGGUCGCAUUCACAGAGCUUAUGCGUACUAUCUUGGCGCGCUAUCACGAAGAGCAGGUGUGGUCGGACAAGAUCAGGAGCGCGUCGACAUAUGGGAGUUUGGCCGCGCUAGCGCUGAACUUGCUCGUCUUCGUCACUGCGAUUAUAUUCGUUGAACCUUGGAAGCGGAGGAGACUCGCGAUGACAUUUGAGAAGAAGAUUGAGGAGAUGGAGGCGGAGUAUAAAGGCGUUGUAGAGGCAGGGAUGGCGGAUAUCGCAAGAAAGAUUGAGAAAGUCGUGGCGGAAACUCGGGCUCUUUCUAAUGCUGAGGAGGAGAAGACACCAACACCCCCACCAACACAAUCACCGACCGAAGGUUCACUGCCCAAUCGAGUAUGGAACAAAACGCGCGAUCCGGAGGUUGCAGGGACUCUGGCGGGCGUUGCGGCUGCGGCAGGUGAACAGCUUUUAGAGCAAUGUUUAAAGGCCAUUUUAAUACGACAGAAUCGUGCUACGUAG